AUGGAAGAAUCGGAUCCAAUUGUGUUUACGUCUUCGGCGCCAGAACCAUCGCGAACAACCGUCUCUCGGACCGCGGAAAUCCGGCGAUCGAACACCAUCACCAUCGACGAUGACGAUUACUGCGGCAGCUACCAGGAGCGUACCUCCAAAACUACAACUCUCUCUGGACAGGCCGGUCUGAGACGCAUGGUAGAGGAUAUAGAAGGGUUCAGUGAUGAGCUCGUCCCUCCCGAUAUAGACGAGAUACUACAAGGGUUGCCCAGCGAUGGUCCAGAGGCGAGUAGUACUCGACCGCAUUUUUCCAGUCGCACGGCGAAUCUACUGGCGAGUCUGGAAAGUCGGUCGAGAUCGGGGAGUUUGGGAGCGCGCCCAUCACAUAGGACUGCUACUCCGCGCGAGGACAAUGAUGAUGACGAUGACCUGGUCGUGCUGGAUGACGACGACGCACCGAAGCAGAAUAAGCGCGGCCCGCGUAAGACCUCCAAAACAACAAAUAGCGCCGACAAGGAAGCCAAGGCACGAGAGCGAGAGGCGGCGAAGGCUCGACGGGAACGCGAGCGCCAGCUGGAGAAAGAACGAAAGCAAAGGGAAAAGGAAGAGAAGGCUCGAGAAAAGGCUCGCGAAAAACAGCUUCUUUCGGAUUUGACCGAGGCCAAUAAACGCAAGGUCGAUAAGAAAGACUCCACCCCCGAGAUGAUUGUCGAUCUCGCGAUGAACUUUGAGGGGACGGAUGUGGGCACCCAGGCGAUGGCGUUCAUGGACAGCCUCAAUGUUGAGCACUCGUUCUUUGAUAGUGUGAUUCCCAACGUUGUGAAAUGGCGACGCAAGGUCAAGGCGCACUACAACGACUCUUUGGGCUACUGGGAGCCGUGUCCGCUGCAUAUCCGCGACGAGGAGCAUGUCCUGGUUCUCUUGCAAGCACAGGAGUUUGUCGACAUGGUUCUGACUACUGACCCGUCCGCUACGGACCUGACUACUCACGUUUCGCAACUCAGAUCGGCCUAUCCCAAUUGUAAACUCAUCUACCUCAUUCAGGGGCUGGCACCGUGGAUGCGGAAGAACAAAAGCUCGCGGAACAGAGCAUAUGUCGCGGAGGUCCGCCGAGAGAUGGAGCAGUCUGAAGACCCUUCGUCUACACAGGCUCCGUCUCGCAGGAGAAAAACCCCCAGCAAGCCUGAGUCUACACCGCCGGUGGACGAUGAUACGAUCGAAGACGCCCUGCUCGAACUUCAGGUGACACACUCCUGUUUGAUCCACCAUACCAACGUCGCCCCGGAGUCGGCCGAGUGGAUCAAGAACUUUACAGAGCAUGUGUCCACCGUUCCCUACCGCCGCGAGCGCAUGGACGGAAACGAUGCGGCCUUCUGUAUGGAUGGAGGCCAGGUCAAGUCCGGCGAAAACAAGACCGAUACUUACGUGAAGAUGCUCCAGGAGGUCAACCGGGUCACUGCAUCGAUGGCAUAUGGUGUCGCUGAGCGGUAUCCUAGUGUUUUGGAUCUUGUUACUGGCAUGCGCAGACAUGGUCCUGGCAUGCUGGAGAACGUCAAGAAAUCUACCAACAAAAACGGGACACUGGCGGAUGCCCGUAUUGGACCUGCAGCCAGUAGGCGCUUGUACAAAGUUUUCAUGGGAAUGAACCCUACUUCUACGGAUAUCUGA